AUGAGCGACAAUCAUCAACAGUCGUCAUUUGAUAAGGCGAUCGGGGAAUUUACGCAGGAUUUACGGAGAAGAGACGUGGAAGACUUUCACUCCACGAAGCUUCAUCACUUGAAGACAACUAUCGCCAACUUACAAGCUGAGCAACACUCGCACCGACGACUACAGGACCUGACCCGGCUGCAACGCUUCCUUGAGGCAAUUGAGCAGUUCGGAAAAGUAAUCUCGACUUUUUAUCGCAACAAUGACGUGCUUGCAUUUGUCUGGGGACCCCUCAAGUUUUUGCUCCAGGCAACGAGCAUCAAUGACAAAGCAUUCGGCGAAGUUUUGAGUGCAUACGAGCACAUGGGAGAGAAUCUUCCACUUCUCGUACAGUGUCAAGGCCUAUUUCGCGUCAGACCGCACAUGGUCCGAGUCCUCGCUCUCAUGUAUGAGGGGAUACUCAAGUUUCAGCGCAUCAUCUUGCGCUACUUCCAACAGCCCCUUUGGCAAAGAGUUUUUAGUGAAUCAUGGACAACAUGCAAGUCUCGCUUUUCCAACAUUUUCCGCGACAUUGCCCAACAUCGCAGCUUGAUUGAAAGCCAGGCCACCCCUUCCCAAGUCGAGGAGAUUCAGGAAAACAUCCAGCGGUCCCGACAGGCUCAGGAAAUCGAGUUCGAUGAGCAAAACGAACGACGACUCGGAGAGGUUCAUAACUGGCUAAGACCAGCGGAUGUGGACGUCGACCAUGCAACUUUUCUUAAGGUUCGUGCGGAUUAUCCCGGAACAGGCAAAUGGCUUCUUGAAAACGAGUCUUUCAAGGAUUGGUUUCACCCGCAAUAUGCCCCGGUACCUCCUUUACUUUGGCUCAGUGGCAUCCCUGGAGCAGGUAAAACAAUGCUUGCUUCUCUGGUUGUACAGAAAGCGUCAGAGCUCAAGCCUGCGCCAACCGUGUUAUAUUUCUACUGCAAGCACGAAAACCCGGAACGGGAUAACUUCGUUGCCCUUGGACGAAGUCUACUUGCACAAUUCUUACAUCAUAACAACGAGCUAUUGCCUUCUUUUUACCAGAAGUUCUGUCGCAGCGGUCAAGUUGUCCUGUCUUCUCCAAUUCUGGUUGAAGAACUCCUGACUUUAGCUUUUGGAAACUGCAAAAGCGCAUAUAUUAUCCUCGAUGGCUUGGACGAGUGUCCCCGCGACCAGCGAAAAUACAUCACAAAAUGGUUCCGUAAGCUCAUCGAGGAUCUUCCUAGCAAAGAGGCCGACCGCUUGCGCUGUCUCUUUGUUAGUCAAGACGAUGGUCCUGCUCGGAAAGACUUUGACGACUUGGCUAGCAUCAAGAUUGCAGAUGAAGACACUCAGCAUGACAUCGAAGAAUAUUGUCGGGUCCAAGCUAGGAAGCUACUCGAAAACAAUCCGUCUCUGCCAGGCGAGAAGGUUGACUGGAUCGCAAUGACUGUGUCCAAAUCCGUAAAAGGCAGGUUGCCCCAUCAUUCGUGCAGUUUCUUUUUCAUUCACUCGCUAACAAGGCAUCAAGGACUCUUCUUGCUUGCUAGUUUGAUAUGGACGAACCUGUCCAAUCAUACUUCAAUUGAGAGGUUGGAAAAAGAACUUGAACCCAAUGUGUUCCCUAAGCAGAUCAAUGAUGCAUAUCGCCGUAUCAUGGUCCGAAUAAAUGAGCAGGCAGUGCCUGAAGCGAGGGAAGAUUCCUUGCGGCUUCUAAGAUGGCUCGUUUGUGCGAAGAGGCCGCUAAAAUGGCAUGAAAUACAGGUGAUGAAUUCUGUCAACCGCGAUGAGAGACGUAUCGCAUUUGAACGUCAGAGUUUCAUAAAACACCCCAAGGACUUACUGGCCUCUUUGGUAGAAAAGCGGAGUGACGGCAGUCUUGACUUUUGUCAUUUGUCCGUCAAAUUUUUUCUGCUCGAGGAAGAAGGAUAUGUGGAACCCUCCAGUGAAGAACUGAACCUAGCAAUUCUAUGUAUCGACUAUUUGAACCUUCCUGCUUUUAUACUUCCACCCACCAAGGAAGGUGUACUGAAUGGCGACUAUGGUUUCAUGGAUUAUGCCGCCCUGUUCUGGCUCCGGCACAUGGAAGUUGGAAUAGCCCUCAAAGAUGGCGAAAAAGAAGAAGUGAUGGAAGAUCUCUCAGAGUCCCUAGAGAUCCUCAUAGACCGGCAUUGGAAUUCUCCAACUAUCCAACUUACCCUCGCAAAGCGGCAUAGCGACAAGCUUCAGCACUUCAGAGAGUUGCCCUUCUAUGACCAACUCGAACAAGCAGUAGCAUCGACAAAGCAGCAACUGAAAAAGUUUGGCAACACAAAGAUGGAAGAAAACGCCCUGAACCUUGCGCGCAUGGUCUGCGACGUCCGAAGGAUACUCGAAAGCACUAUCAACGAUGAUUCACAACAUAUCGACCGGACAUUCAUCGAGGAGAGAUAUGGUACCAAUAUUUACAAGUGUCCUCGUUUCAGUUGUCAGUUCUUUACUGUAGGAUUCAUCUCAGCUGCUGAACGAGAUAAACACAUCAGCAAACACGAGCGACCAUUCCGAUGCACAGACGAAACGUGUGUAGGUUACACAUUUGGCUUCUCCACAACAGUUGAACGCGAAAAGCAUAUGAGGGAGAACCAUUCAGAAGGCACAGUCCAGGACGAAGAGUUUCCGACUGAGCAAGACGUCUACCGCAGCAUUCUAGAUCAGCAGAAUGCAGCAGAGAGACGCAAGUCUCCAGAUCCUCCCAACAGGGACGAUGGCACAGGAGAUGCCACCACAGCUGCGUCCGAAGAAGCUUUAUCGGAAGCCGAGUCAGAAGUGGAACCACAGUACCAACCUCGCUUGAAACGACCCCGACAGACAGAGUUCAAAUGUCCGUAUUGUAAAAUUGUUUACAGGAAGAGGUACAAUCUAUCGUCACAUCUCCUUUCUCACGCGUCUCAGAGAUCUCAUGUCUGUGAAGUCUGUGGCUUAGGCUUUGCGCGUCCGAAUGAUCUCAAACGUCACAAGAAUACACAUACUGGUGACAAAAGUUUUGUUUGCGGCGGUUUCCUCAGGAAUGGUGCGUCCUGGGGCUGUGGCCGGUCUUUCGCUCGUGGGGAUACUUUAGACAAGCAUUACGAGUCAAAGGUUGGACGCGCGUGCAUCCAGCCUCUUCUGCAAGAACAGGAGACGGUCGAAUAG